CGCAUCCAACCCGUCCUGCUGCUGCUGUGUUGCCCGUGUUGCCGCCCCGACCGCCGCCUCCACCACCCACCCACCCACACCGCGCCGGCCUCUUCCCCCUGUCCCGUCUCCCUCAUGGCCUCCGCCGCCGCAUCCGCCGUCUCCUUCGCCAGGCCCGUCAAGGCAAUCAAUGCCAACUCGGUCUCCUUCUCUGCUCCAAGGAAAGGCAAUGUAUCCUUCCGUCUUCAGCCAGUUCCCCAGAGAUUUUCUGUUUCCUGUGCUGCCAAAAAGGAGACAGUAGAAAAGGUUUGUGAUAUUGUGAAGAGCCAGCUUGCGCUUGCUGACGACACUGUAGUUUCUGGCUCCUCUACGUUUGCUGAUCUUGGUGCCGAUUCCUUGGACACGGUUGAGAUUGUCAUGGGCCUCGAGGAGGCUUUCGGGAUCAGCGUGGAGGAGUCGAGUGCGCAGACCAUCGCAACGGUGGAAGACGCCGCCAACCUCAUCGACAGCCUUGUUGCAAACUAAACAUAUUUCUUUGCAAUAAUGGGCUACCCACUGCAAUCGUUGCUGCUGGAGAUGAUCCCGUUUGACGUGCUAGAUUUUACUGUGGAGAGUCGGUGACAUCUGUAUCAGUGUUUUUGCCUGUCUUGCCAUAUUAAGACAUUAUUUAUUAAGCGAAUGUUGAAGGAAUUUUUUCUUGUUGAAGCUGUGUUGGAGACUGAUUUCAGGGUCUGAACAUGCUGUGCUGGAAUUAACUACCCCUGUCUUUUUUGGGUUCAAAUCUACACCUUGUUUUCUAGA